AAUGACCCUAAAUUCACUCGAUAUUUCACAAACAGAAGACAGUUUUUCAGUUGGCUUGAGCUAUCGGUAGCUGCUGUGUGUCAGGACAAAUUGCGGGGUAAGAAAAACAAUGUUGGAUGUUAAAGCGCAGGGAAAACGCCACACACUCCCGUUGGCUCACUUUGACGUCAGUUUUCAUUGGGACCCGCCCGCUCGCUCAAGUGGCGGCGGUGAAUGGUGAGAGAUAAUCCUCGGCUCCGCCACAGACACACAACAGGGCUGCGCUGCCUUCUGGAUCUGGAUGCGGGCAUCCUUGGAUUCUGCUCUCUGCACGGGCCCACUGCACGGAAACUUAACGGGACAACAAUGGUGCACGCCUCGGCGGCUGAAUCCGUGGCUGCUGGUAGUUUAGGGGACCGGGGAUUGUGGUCAAUGUGACAUUCACUGGCACGCUGGUGUUGAGUUUAUUGUUCUGGUCCUAGACGCGGAGCAGCGACUCUCUGAGAAGAUGUUGAGCCGAUUCAUGAGUGGCAGCAUCAGGAAUCUUGAUCGGGAAUACAGCUGCACCGUCAGACUGCUGGAUGAUUCGGAAUAUACGUGCACCAUUCAGCGAGAUGCAAAGGGACAGUAUCUGUUUGACCUCAUCUGCCACCACCUCAACUUGCUGGAGAAAGACUAUUUUGGCAUCAGAUAUGUGGAUCCAGACAAGCAGCGGCACUGGUUGGAGUUCUCAAAAUCAAUUGCAAAGCAAAUGAAAUGUCAGCCUCCAUUCACCAUGUGUCUGAGAGUCAAGUUCUACCCUCCUGAACCCGCUUAUCUCAAGGAGGAAAUCACUCGAUAUUUUGUCUUCCUGCAAAUCAAGAGAGACCUCUACCACGGUCGGCUCUUGUGUAAAACCUCCGACGCGGCCAUGCUGGCUGCACACAUCCUUCAAGCCGAGAUCGGAAAUUACGACCCUGGGAAGCAUCCUGAUGGUUACAGCUCCAAAUUCCAGUUCUUCCCUAAACAUUCGGAGAAGCUGGAGCGCCGGAUUUCAGACAUACACAAGAGAGAGCUGAUUGGACAGACACCUGAAACAUCAGAGCGAAAUUUCCUCCAGAAAGCCCAGAUGCUGGAGACAUAUGGUGUUGAUCCACAUCCAUGCAAGGAUGUGUCUGGGAACCCAGCUUUCCUCGCCUUCACACCGUUUGGUUUUGUGGUGCUUCAGGGAAACAAGAGGGUUCAUUUUCUCAAAUGGAACGAGUUGACCAAACUGAAGUUUGAAGGCAAGACGUUCCACGUAUAUGCAAAUCAGAACGAGGACAAAAAGAUCAUCUUGACGUACUUUGCACCCACACCGGAGGCAUGCAAGCACCUUUGGAAGUGUGGAGUGGAGAAUCAAGCGUUCUAUAAGCUUGAGAAGUCAAGUCAGGUUCGCACGGUGUCCAGCAGCAACCUGUUCUUCAAGGGCAGCCGCUUCCGUUUCAGUGGACGAGUGGCAAAAGAGGUGAUGGAGCAGAGUGCCAAAAUCAAACGCGAACCUCCAGAAAUACACAGAGCUGGCCUCGUGCCCAGCAGAAGUUGUCCAUCCAUCACCCACGGGCCUCGCCUCACCAGUGUACCGCGCACGCGUCGGAGAGCUGUGCACAUAUCUAUUAUGGAGGGUCUGGAGUCAUUGCGUGACAGUGCUCACUCUACACCGGUGCGUUCAGUGUCCCACGGGGAAUGCUUCAUGCCACGCUCCCGGAGCCAGGCCACAGAUGCCAGUGAGAGGACUGCGGUGAUCUCGGACGAGGCCUACAGCCCGUCUGACAGUGUCCUGCCCACCCCGGUGGCCGAGCACAGCAUGGAGCUGGCCGUCUCGCGCCAGGUCAACGGGGCGCCCUGCAGCAUUGAGGAGGAGAAGGAGUCGGAGGCAGGCACCCCCAUGCGCGGGGAAGUGGGUGAUUUUGGUGCACAGGAGGGUGCAGGGGGGGACACGGCCCUCAGCGAGGUGGAACAGGUGAAUAAAUUUGUCUUAAGUGUCCUCCGUUUGCUCCUUGUGACCAUUGGACUCCUCUUUGUCUUGCUCCUCCUCCUCAUCAUCCUCACCGAGUCAGACCUUGACAUUGCAUUUUUACGUGAUAUCCGCCAGACCCCCGAAUUUCAGCAGUUCCAUCACGAAUACUUUUGUCCCCUCAGGCGGUGGUUUGCCUGCAAGCUCCGCUGGGUGGGCGGGUUGCUCAUUAACAAGGGAGAGUGAGGUCGUAGAGGUGUUAGAUUUCGUAAGCCCGUUCGGGGGUCUGAGAUGACGGUUAGGACUCCGGAGUGAUGGAGGGCAGCCUUGUCCCAACAUGAACCCUGCUUCUCUCAUCAUCCUCCUGCAGACAUUCAGCUUGGACCACGUCCUGGUAACACCGACAGGAUCUCGCCUCCCCUUCUCCACUUUGAGUUAACCCCCCUACCCACCCAACCACCUCCUCGUUUCGCUUGUUUUCUUUUUUUCUUUUUUUUUUCUACAAAGCCAGAGGACACCUUUUGCAUUUUAUUUUUAUUUUUUUUA